AUGGCUCCAAGUGGUGAAGCGAAAUCGAAUAAUAAUGCUGAUCACCGCAGAAGUAUGUUUCGUGAUCAAGCUGAACAUAGAAGUCGAUCAUCAAGUCGGGAAAGCUUGGACUUUGGCUACUUAGAGGAUCUUAGAAUUGCCAUGGAAUCUGAUGAUGACAUGGAGUACUCGGCUACUUCUCGGAACGCUCCAUCCAAUCUGGAAACAUUUUUGGAUUGUUUAAUUAUCACUGUCCGGACCGAUUAUGAUUUUACCAGUUCUGCGCAAACGAAUAACAAUGUGGAAAGACAAUCUCGUAAUUAUCCAAUUAGAGUUGUUGAACCAUCGAAUUACAUCAAUGCUCAGCAAAUCCAACCAUCGGUAAGAGCCGGCGAGCCGAAAAUUGAAAAGAAUAAAUUCAAUAUUUUUAUUGGGCUGGAUAUAAAUUAA